GCGGCCGGCGCCGCCGCCGCGCGGGAAGCCGCUACCGCGCGCAUGGAGGCCCGGCUGCUCCUCGGGGCGCUGCUGUGCGCCUGCCUGCGGCCGGCUCCGGUCCUCGCCGACGGCGACCGCUCGCUGCCCGGACCGCGCAGAGGGGGGGCGCAGGAGUUCAGAAUGGCAGUUUAUAAUGCUUCAUCUGCUACAAUAUCUUCAUCUCAGAACAGAAGACUUCACAGUAUGAAAUGUGGACCAUCCAAUUCGUUUACGUGUUUUAAUGGAGGUGAGUGUGUCCACAGAGAGCUCUGCAACUGCAGUCGAUUUAAUGCAACUGGACCAACAUGCCAGACAGUGUAUAACACAGGUGCUGAAAGAGAUCAUAUAUGCAGAACAUGGGGCCAAUACCACUUUGAAACUUUUGAUGGACUCUAUUACUAUUUUUCUGGGAAAUCCACAUAUGCCCUUGUGAGACAUACUGAAUUAAAUGAACAGAGUUUUUCCAUACAGGUCAAUAAUGAUCCUGAAUGCCAUUCGUCUCCUUAUUCAUGUGAACGGUCCAUUAGUUUAUUCUUUUCUGGAGAUGAUGAGAUAAAGAUGAGCAGAGAAGUCACCUAUAAAGGAUUUGGAGUACAGUUACCCUAUGUCACUGGGAAUUUACGCAUCCAGAAGCUAGCUGGGUACUUCCUAGUUAGACACCAGUAUGCUUUCACUCUGGCUUGGGAUGGUACUUCUGCAGCAUAUAUCAAAAUGGCACCAGAGUACCUGGGCAAAACACACGGACUGUGUGGAAACAAUAAUGCUAUCGUGCAGGAUGACCUUGAGACUAGUUAUGGAAAACUGACAGAUGACGUAACAGAAUUUGUAGAGAGUUGGCAGGAAAAUCCUCCACGAGGAACACCCGAUUGGGAUAAUACUUUUGUCAAUGAACCACCUUGCCUGACACAAAGCCAUGAAUCUCUACAGAGGAUGUAUACUCUCUGUAAUACUCUGUUACAUCCCCCGUUUGAACAAUGUCAUGAGUAUGUGAGUCCUCUUCCUUUUAUGGCAAGCUGCACCAAUGAUCUUUGCAUGUCAGCAAUUGAUAAUGAAACUUGGUGUCGAGCAUUAACUGAAUAUGCCAGGGCCUGUGCCCAAGCAGGAAAACCACUUCAUGGAUGGCGAACGCAUUUUCAACAGUGUGUGAUUACCUGUGCUGAACACCUGACCUACAGUGAAUGCAUUGACUGUUGCCCUGUUUCGUGCCAUCAGCAAUCGCAGUGUGUUGGCAGUGAGCUCCCCUGCAUUGAUGGGUGUUACUGUCCAGAUGGCCUAAUUUAUGAAAAUGAAUUGUGCAUCAAGCCUAUGGACUGCCCUUGUGACUACCAUGGAAGUUUUUUUGAAAUGGGUUCUGUGGUUUAUGAGGAAUGUAACAACUGCACUUGCAUUGGAGGAAAGUGGAUUUGUACAAAUCUUACAUGUCCAGCUGAGUGCUCAGUUUCAGGAGACAUUCAUUUCAUGACCUUUGAUGGGCGCAAAUACACUUUCCAAGCUACCUGCCAAUAUAUUCUAGCGAAAAGCCUUACAUCUGGAGAGUUUACUGUAUCCUUGCAGAAUGCUCCAUGUGGACAGAACCAAGAUGGAUCAUGUAUCCAAUCAGUCAGUCUUAUUCUUAAGCAGGACCCCAAGAGGCAAGUGACUCUGACUCAUUCGGGAGAUGUUUUGAUAUAUGAUCAGUACAAAAUUAGCCUGCCUUAUACAGAUGAUUUAUUUGAAAUACGGAAACUCUCCUCUGUAUUUCUUCAAGUAAAGACGCACAUUGGAUUGCGGAUACUGUAUGACAGAGAAGGACUGAGGCUUUAUCUUCAAGUUGAUGGUCGGUGGAAGGAUGAUACUGUGGGCCUUUGUGGAACCUUCAAUGGAAAUACGGAGGAUGACUUUUUAUCUCCGGCUGGAGUACCAGAAAGCACUCCACAGCUGUUUGGAAAUGCCUGGAAAACUUUACCAGUGUGCCUUCUUGUGCAUGACAGUUCGCAAAUGGACCCAUGUGAUAUUCACCUACAGGCAGCAUCUUACGCAGCGGAAGCUUGUAGCAUCCUUACGAAAGAACUCUUUGCUCCCUGCUACCCCUAUUUGAGUCCCAUUCCCUAUUUUGAGCAGUGCAGAAGAGACACUUGCAAAUGUGGACAGGCUUGUUUUUGCUCUGCUCUGGCCCAUUAUGCUCAUCACUGCCGAAGAUUUGGAGUUGUAAUAGAUUUCAGAGGAAGUGUCCCAGACUGUGCUCUUUCAUGUGAAGACACAAAGGAGUACAGUACUUGUGUAUCUACCUGUGGCAGAACCUGCCAAGCCUUGUCUGUGCCAGAGACGUGCAGCAGUGAUUGUGUUGAAGGCUGUGCUUGUCCCUCUGGAAUGUAUUUGAAUUCCAAGACUGAAAGAUGUAUACAGAGGAGUGAAUGCCCUUGUUAUUUUCAAGGAGUUGACUAUCCCCCUGGAGAAAAUGUUAUCACAUCAUUGGGCAAAUGCCAUUGCAAGGAUGGAGUAAUGAAUUGUGAUAACGAUGUAAUUGCGCACAGCUGCCCGGUUGGCCAGAUUUAUGUCAACUGCAGUAAUCCAAAAACUGAUCCUGAGCUCAGCAGAGAGAGAACUUGUGAGAAUCAGCUGCUAAACCUCACUUUCUCAGCACAUCUUCCUUGUGUUUCAGGCUGUGUCUGCCCACGGGGCCUUGUUAAACAUGGAGAUACAUGCUUGGAAGCUGAUGAAUGUCCAUGUUCAUGGAAAGGAAAGGAAUACUUUCCAGGUGACAAAGUCAUUUCUUCCUGUCAUACAUGCAUUUGUCAGCAUGGAUCAUUUCAAUGCACCUUCCAUCCUUGCCCAUCAAUGUGUACCGCCUACGGGGAUCGACAUUACAGAACAUUUGAUGGACUUACUUUUGACUUUGUUGGAACUUGUAAGGUUUAUCUAGUUAAGGGUACUUCAACCAGUUUCUCAGUUAUUAUAGAAAAUAUUAACUGCUUUAAUACUGGAAUCAUUUGCAGAAAAUACAUUUCCAUUAAUGUUGGAAAAUCUUUUUUAAUAUUGGAUGACGAAACUGGGAAUCCAAGUUCAUCUAGUUACAUAGAUGAACUACAGAAAAUACAGGUGUGGAAAGCUGGAUUUUUCACUGUUGUUCAUUUUCCUGAUGAGCACAUCACCGUCCUAUGGGAUCAGAGAACAACGGUUCAUGUACAGAUGGGUCAUCAGUGGCAGGGUGAAUUGACUGGAUUAUGUGGAAAUUUUGAUUUGAAAACGGUAAAUGAGUUGAGGACUCCAGAUAAUUUUGAAUUAACAAACUCACAAGAGUUUGGAAAUAGCUGGACAGCUGUAGAGUGUGUUGACAGCUCUGACAUUCGAAAUCCGUGCAGUUUGAAUCCACUUAGAGAAUCAUUUGCCAAGAAGGAAUGUGGAAUACUGUUAAGUGAAGCAUUUGAAGCUUGCCAUCCAGUGAUUGACGUCACCUGGUUUUACUCAAACUGCUUGGCAGAUACAUGUGGUUGUAACCAAGGGGGUGACUGUGAGUGUUUCUGUACAAGUGUAUCGGUGUAUGCGCAUCAGUGCUGCCAGCAUGGAGUGACUGUAGACUGGAGGUCCCCUAGAGUGUGUCCUUAUGACUGUGAAUAUUUCAACAAAGCUCUGGGAAAGGGCCCGUACAAACUGGUCAGCUAUUUGGAUGGAGAAUUUGCAAUGGCAGUGAACCUGGUGAAUGGUUUUGUUUUCCCAGUGAGAGCAGAAGAUACUGUUCCUGGACAUGCAGUGAGCUUUAUGCUGACUUCAGGACUUUAUAAACCCAGAGCACAUGAUUCCAACUUGGUUUCAUUUGAAACAGCAGAGAGACCAAAUUAUUUUCUACAGCUGGCCUCCAAUAAUUCUCUUGUUCUUUCUAAAUGGGAAAAAAGCGAAGAGUUUCACAACAAAUCUACAUUUGCCAUUCACAAGAAUACAUGGCUUUCAGGAUACAGUUCCUUUGAGUCAUUUGCAAAACCAGGAUACUUCAUCCAUGUUUCGGCCUCUUCAGUUGAGCUUUUGAAGUACCAUCAUACAGAGGAGUUCAGACUGUCAACACUUUUUAAACUUGUAGAUGUCAAAUUUAAACUUCUGUCCCAUUCUGCAUGUGAGUGGCGUUAUGAUGCCUGUACAAGCCCUUGUUUCAAAACAUGCAGAGACCCUUUGGGAAAGAACUGUCAGGCAGUACCAAAAGUAGAAGGAUGCAUCCCUGCCUGUCCUCUGAAUAUGGUGCUGGAUGAAGUCACUCAAAGAUGCGUUUAUUUUGAAGACUGCAUUGAACCUGCAGAUGAUAGUCAAGCUUUGCUGUCCAGCAUUAGAACACCAGCAUUUUCACACAUAACAUCAACUACUGUUGCAGUACCCAGUUUGGCAGUGUUCAGUGAAGCAGUAACUUCAUUUCCUGUACCUGAAGCAAAGGACAUGGAAACAACACUUGCUUCAAAAUGGCAACUCAAUGCAACUACAGGGAAAACUAAAUUUUCAGCUGUUACAUCUAAAACAACAGUUUCAACCAUAACUUUAUUAUCAAAUGUUUCUUCACGUUCAAUAGAGAUGACAUCGUCUGGGAAAAGUGCUAUGCCUGGGACAACAAAAUUGAAUGUAAGCUUGUCUUUUCCUAGUGAUAUUUCUCCAUUGUUUCCAUCUGCGGUCACUUCAGAAACCUCCACACGUAUACAAAUAAUCAGUAGUGCUUCUGCUAAGCCACUGAGAGCUGCAGAACCUCAGACAGCAACUGCUACACAUGCAGUGACUAGAAGCACAGCAUCAGAAAGUAAACCAGUUUCUACUUCAGUUUUUACUGGGACACCAUCAAUACUCAGAACAACAGAAUUGCCAGUGAAAACUAAAAUAAUGGAAACAUCAGAAAUUGCUACAAGGACACUUCCCACAAAAGAGGUAGAAGUAGAACCAGAAGGACUUACAAAAUUUACUCCCAGUUCUUUUGAAACAGUAACAGAAAAAACUACUACAUAUUUGACCCAGUACUCCACAUCAUCAUCUUUGGGCAUAUCUUCAUAUGCCUCACCAGUAAAUCUAACAGGAACUUCAGAAAGAAUGAAAGUAAGUGUAGAACAGUCUUUUAGCACAGUAGCUAAUGUUACAGUAACUUCAUUUUCUCCGGUGAUCACUACUUUGUCUUUGCUAAAGCCAAGCAUAAAGCCAGUACCUUCAGAAACAACAAAAGCAACAAGUAUUGUAACCAAACAAAGAGUAAAGACUACGUUUUCCCCAACAUCCCCACUGCUUAUUUCAUUAGCAAAGGCAAUUACAGAGCGUCCUAUUGAAAUGAUUCAACACUUGACUGGUACUGCAGGGGUAGCUUUCACUACAUCUCUAGGUCCGAAGACAACAACUCUGCAAACUCAAGAGAUAUCAUCAGAAACAACUGUGUUACCAUUUACAACUCUUAAAAAGGAAAUUCCUAAAACAACAUCUCAUGUGGAGCAUUUGUCAGGUUCCUAUUUCUCUCCAUAUUCACUACAUCCUAGUUCAGCUACAACUGAAAAAUCCCUCACUCUUGCUACUAAAAGACCUUUAGUGUCUGUUUCUACUGCUGCUUCUCCAGCUUUAGGUGAAUUAAAAAAAACAUUUAAAACAGUAUCAACUACUGGAUAUCCCCCACACAUAGUUCUAAACAUAACAGAGUUCCUGACUACAUUAUACACUGAAUAUCCUGUUUUGGCUGAGACUACAAGGGCAACACCUUUGCCUGCAGAGGUAACAUCCAAAAUGACAUCCACUUUUGAAUCUUCAGCAAAGUCAACUUUACUUUCUGGAAAAACAUCUGCAGAAUACAAGUCACCUCUACUUUUAAGUACAAUGAAGAAAAGCACUUCAGCAUAUUCAGAUAGUGUUACCACAGCGGCAACAAAAACUUCUGUCUCAUCAGAAGAAAUGACUACAGUUCCUUUGGUAGCUACAGACAAAGACACAGUUCAAAGAAUAUCCUUCACUGGAUCUCUAUUUACUCUUAGUGCAACUGAAACCACACUGUUGACAACACGACCUGAUAAAUCACAAGUGGAAAGAAUUACUAGCAUCUCUACUAGAAAGCCACCUGCUUUCCCUUCUUCAUCAUCACACACUCUAACCUCUUUAAAUGUUUUUCUUCCUUCGCUACCCACAUACAGAACAGAAGCAUCACUGACAGCUCUCAGUCCCAUGCAUACAUCACAUGAAAUUGCUACCUCUUCAUAUCCAAGAUCAACUAUAGCAAAAUCUGUUUUUUCAAUGGAAAAGACCUCGGCCAUCUCAGCUUUCCCUACUGUAUCCACUAUAGCACAACAAUCAAGUCCAAUAGCAACAGUAUCACGUGACAAAUUGCCAGCAAAAGCCAUUUUAAAUGUCACUUAUGCCACAUUCUCUCCAUCCUCUGAAUUCAGCAGUCAGCUUGUAACAACCAAAAAAGCAAUGGCAGCCAAAGAAAGAUCAACUCUAUCCACUUCUGUUGUACUUCCAUUGACAAAGUCUUCUCACACUUUCUCCACCUCUCAGUAUCUAUCAGGUAAAUUAAUUUCAUCUUCUUUAACAGAAAAGAUACCUGAAGUAACAACCACAGCAAAAUAUCCAGUAGAAACUGAAAUAAUUUCUAUAGCAGCAAAGUCUACAGUACAAAAUAUGACAGAUGCAGUAAAACUUUCAGUAGCUACAGCUCAGCUGUCCUUUACUCCUUCUUCAGUAGGCCCCUUUUCUGAACAGACAUCUUCAAGAGAGAGCAUUUCUGCACAGACCAUAAAGGCAGUGGUUAUACCACAUUCUUCUACUCAGAUAGCAAUGGGACUUGCUCGUCAGACUUUAGAGCCUUCCUUGACAAGCCAAAGCAGCACCCCAAUUUACCAGCAUCCUGCGGAAAUGCUAACAAAAUCCACUAGUCGACCACAGCUUCUCUUAAGCACAACUGAAGCUACGGUAGCAUUGACUUCCUCAUACCCCUUAACUACCUCACUACCUGAAGGCAUUCAUUCAGGUGUAUUACCUACCUCACUAGUUCCUACACAAGUUAUUUUACCAACUGGAAGGGAAUUAUAUUUAACUGAUUCAGUCACGCAGCCAUAUGUAUCAAGAACUUCUUCAGCUUUACAGUCUACAGUCCCGACUAGAAAAACAGCUGACUUGGGUUUUGGCACCAGAAUUCCCCCUUCCUCACCAGAAGGGCUUGCGGCUUUAUCCUCUUUAGCAACAACUAAGAAGGAAGAAUUUCCUUCAUUUUCCACACAAAAGGCAGAUAUCGGUCUGAAAUUCACCUGGCAGGCCUCAGUUAGUGAAUUACGUGUUUCAGGUCAAACACUUGAAACAAGUACAGCUUCACCAGAACCUAAGUCAACCUUUCCAUCUGUUUUGUUAACAGAAACAACAGAAAGGCCCAUCGUGAUGGGAAUCGAGUCAUCAGUAGGUGCCCUUUUAGCACCUGUGAUCUCAACAGCAUCCACGUCAGUGGGCAGAAGUGCUACGGAGAAAACUGCAGUGUUGUCUAAGCAAGUCCCACUUUCAACCACUGCCUACAGUUCCGUGUUUCUAGCAAGUACGAUGCUGCCAGGUACAGCCCAUUCAUCAGCUGCAACUUCUGACUCUUCAAUGAGAAGCAGUACAGGGCAAAACCUUACUAUUGUAUCAGCAACUUCAGAGAAAGCAGAAGCAGUGAGAGAAUCUAUCACAACCUCUGUGAAGCCCACUUCUUUUUCUCUUACUUCAGAAACAAAAGGGUCCAUGCCCCCUGAAACAGUAAAAUCUAAAGAGCCAGAAAUAACAACAGAAGUCCAAGCCGUCCAUACUCAAGCUGCAUCAUCGGGCGGUGCUACUCAAGCUUUGAAACUUGGAAUAUCAUCUGAGGUACAAAUGCCUUCUGUGAGUUCGCUAUUAAUGAUAUCUGACCAUCCAAAUGACACAACAGCUCCAUCAGUUUCCUCAUUUCCUUUUUUAUCCACCAAACCACUUUAUCCAUUGACUACAACGUUUUCUGAUGGAUUGGCAACAGCUGAAGCUAUCUCAGGAGUCACAGCAUCAGCUUUUAUGCCAGCUAGAGAAACAGCAACUCUCCAAACUUGUACACCAAUCACAGAGAAUGAGUGCAUAAAACACAUAUGCUUGGAUGGACACCUGAUUCAAGUUAAUAAGUCGCAGAACUGCCCGUACAAUGUGACUCAGCCCAGCUGCGGAGUUUUAGGAUUUGCUGCUCAAACAAAUGGUGACAAAUGCUGCCCAAAAUGGGAAUGUGCAUGUCGUUGUACAAUUUUCUCUGAUAUGAGCUUUGUAACCUAUGAUGGAAAUCAUUUGGCUUUAUUCAAAGAAGCAUUCUACAUUGUUAGUCAAACUCGAGAUGAAACUAUUGCCAUCCAUGUCCUUGACUGCAGAACGAGUAAUUCAGAUUCAACUUCCUUGUGCCUGGCGAUGUUGAAUUUAACCUAUAUGUCAAACCAAAUUACUAUUGAUCGUUUAAGUAGAAAAAUCACAGUAAAUUCAAGAUUUGCUUGGCCUACUGUUAGAAAAUAUGGAUAUAAAAUUGAGGAUUCAGGCUUCAAGUAUGCAAUUGAGACUCCAACAAAUACCAGAAUUCAGUGGUUUCACAACACAGGUGUGAUGAUUAUAGAGUUUAAUAGUACCAGAGAACCAAAAGCUUUGGGACUAUGUGGUUUUUGUGAUGGAAGCUUGCAAAAUGACCUGAUGCUACCCAACAGGACAGUUUUAAGCAAAAGUGAUGCUCCAUCGACUUUUAUAGACAGCUGGCAAGUGCCAGACACGUUGAAGUAUGUUGGAGAAGACAGGCAUCAGGAAACUAAUUGCUCAGUCAUGGACUGCUCAGAGUGCUUAAGCCUGGUAUUGAACCAGACCUUCAGCAGCUGUCAUCCUUAUGUUCCACCUGAGCUGUUCUGUGAUAUAUGGGUUAAAGACAAAGAGUACAUUCGAAAUCCAUGCAUCGCUCUAGCUGCCUACGUGGCAAUGUGCAACAAAUUUAAUAUUUGCAUAGAAUGGAGAAGCUCUGAUUACUGCCCCUUCCUCUGUUCAGAAAGCUUCUCCUAUCAGGCCUGCAUAGCUGCCUGUGCAGUUCCGGAGAGUUGUCAGGAUAGCGAGGUGGCUUCCCUGGACUCAGACUCUUGCUCAGUGUUGACGGAAGGUUGUGUCUGUGCUGGAGGGACCAUCCUUCACCGAGCUCACACUGCUCUCUGUAUUCCUGAAGAAAAAUGUGCUUGUACAGAUAGCUCAGGAGCACCUCACGCAGUAGGUGAGAUCUGGAAAACUUCUUUGAGUGGCUGCUGUAUGCAAAAAUGUGUUGACAGUGAGGCCAUUAUUCCAGUGGAGUACAACUGUUCAGAUAUCCACUAUUUGGACUGUCAGCGAUUUGCAGAAGUGGCCGUGCUUGUUCCUGGUGAUCAGACAUGCUGUCCUCAGAAGAUCUGUGUUUGUAAUCGGAGCCUUUGUGAACCCCUAAUCCCUGAGUGUAAGGGCUUGGAAAAGCUGGUCACCUACUACAGUGAAGAUUCCUGUUGUCCCAACUACACUUGUGAAUGUGAUCCAGCAAAAUGUGAACCAAUGGAGCAGAUUCCAACCUGUCAAGAGGAUCAAACACUAAUUGCUGCUCGGGUGGAGAGUACCUGCUGCAUAUCCUAUAUUUGUGCAUGCGGGGCUUGCGCUGAUCAAAUACCCAAGUGUGAAGAAGGAGAAGUGCUUAUUGUGGAUGGCAACACUACAGAGAGAUGUUGCCCUACAUACCAGUGUAUUUGUGAAAUACAUCGUUGUCCUGAAUUCAAGUGUAUGCUAGGCAUGUCUUUGGUGGAGGUAUGGAGCCCAGAGAAGUGCUGCCCAUUUCGGACGUGUGAAUGUGCAUGUGAAACAAUCUCCAAACCUCAGUGCAAACUGGGGCAGAAACUUCAGAUAGAUGAACAGUUUCAGAACAGUACAGAAAAUACCUGUAACUGUGUUAAGUACAAAUGUGUGAGAGACAAAGUUUGCCUGAGUAAUGAGAGAGGGGUGCUGCUUCCUGGACAGAAAAUUAUGGAACACGCUCCUGAUGGCAUUUGCCGUAUUUCUUACUGUACAAAUGUGAUUGAUCCCUCCACUAAAUAUUACCAGAUAAAUACCUCCUCGAUAGACUGUGCUGUCAAGUGCAAAGCUAACCAAGUCUAUGAGCCUCCAAAAGAUUUAACAACUUGUUGUGGUAGCUGUAAGAAUUUGUCUUGCCUCCACACUUUCAGCAACGGCACAGUUUCCAGUUUCAAACCUGGUAGUACUUGGAUUUCAAACUGCAUCAGAUAUGAAUGCACUAACACAGCAAUAGGACCAGUUUUAGUUGCAUCUUCAGUUGGCUGCCCACCCUUUAAUGAAACUGAAUGUGUGAAGGUUGGAGGCUAUGUUGUACCGUUUCUAGAAGGAUGCUGUAAAACAUGUAAGGAAGAUGGAAAAUUCUGUAAAAAGGUGGCUGUUAGGAUGACCAUCCGCAAAAAUGACUGCAGAAGUAACACGCCAGUGAACAUUGUUUCGUGUGAUGGGAAAUGUCCGUCUGCAAGCAUUUAUAACUACAACAUCAACACAUAUGCAAGAUUCUGCAAAUGCUGCAGGGAGCUUGGACUGCAGAGACGAACUGUGCAGUUAUAUUGCACGAGCAAUUCAACCUGGGUCACCUAUUCAAUCCAAGAACCAACAGACUGUUCUUGCCAGUGGUCUUAAAACACAUAAAAGGGAAAAACCCAGCAAGCCCAGCUAUUCCCAGCAUAAUAUAUUUUGAAUAGUUUAACCCUAGAAAAUACAAUAUGUAAUCCACUGAAUUUUAUCAGUUCAUGUUAAAUGAUGAAGGAACAGCUACAUUUUUUGGACUUUUCUAAAUUUCUAAAGAAUGGCUUUGCAUCAUUUGUUUUGUGAGUUGUCUUCACGUUCAUUUCACAGGAAUUGUUUCAAGAGUUCUUGUGAUUUGUGCCAACUUAAAAGAAGAAGUGGUUACUUUAGAGAAACCUCAAGAGGAAGAAUACCUUCUGAUGUAUUUUGGAAGGCUGACCCACACUGUGUCAGGCACCCAUUCCUGUUUUAAAUCGUUGAUACACAGGCUCAUCUGGCAGCAGUCUGGUAUUUUGAAUGUGUUGCAAUACUGUAAAUACAUUCAGUGCCUAUUAAGAAAAAUUUGGGGGGGAAUAUGAGGAGAAUUUUCAGUUUAAAUCAUAUUCAUAUUGCAAAGUAGAGCAUCUAUGAGAAAUUAAAUUACAGAUCUUUUUAUCAGGGAAACAUUGUCAUUGCUGGUAACUGUAUGUAAUUUUCCCUGGUAAUAAUUUCAAUUUUUGUGGUGUAUUUUACAUUGUAGUGAAAAGCAUAAUGGCCAACAUGUAAUCUAUUUAGAUUAGUUAGUAGAAGUAAAAUUAUCUUUCUUACAAACAAUAUGACAUAAACUGAAAAUACACAGAUUUAACAAAUGAAAACCGUUUUACAUUCCUUUAUACAGAAAUACCUUAAAUGAAAACAUUCCGCGUAUAAAAUGCACCAUAUUUGAACUGUUUCCUAGGGAGAAUGAACUUUUUUUAACACUAAUUUUAAAGAUAUGUGAUAUGUGAUCAGGAAAAAUGAAAGCCAGGAUUCUGUAUCUAUCUAAAAGAGAAACAGAUAAGCUGAAAACAUUUGUUACCGAUAUAGUGGAAUGUAACUUCCUAUGUCAAGAGUGUUUGAUAUUGAAGUUGUACGAUUGUAAGGUUUGGCAUUGUAAAAGCAGUUUUGCAUGUGAACUUGAACGGCCAGCAUUCUGUUUUAAUGAAAUUAAUAUUUUUCUCCUCUAACCCAAUACUGCUGUCCUCUUCUUUCCCAACUAAUGCCACCGUGAUGCAGCAAAAUUUCAGUUGCUUCAAUUUUGUAGAUCAAAACUGUAGAUAGCAUGUAGCCUAUACACGUUAGAUCCCAAAAUAUAAAAAAUAGAUCACAGAAUAACUUGUUAAAAAGCUGCUUCUCUGCAGUUAAUCCAAAGAAAAAUGUGUUGCUAAAGUCAUGUGAGCAUUUUUGGUAUUAAUUUUGUAUACUGUACAUUUAAUUCUUACAAUAUCUAAUAAACAACAGGAAGUCUUAUUUUGUUACAAUUAAAUUUACUAUCAGUGUUAAAGCAGCUUACUAUCAAGUGAUUCAACACAUAGUGUUUACUAAUUUCUUUUUCAGCAGUGCAUAUUGUUAAUUUUAGUUUUUUUCUGAUAUCAGUAGUACUAGUGAUCUAAUACUACAUCAAAGAAGGCCUACAGAUGUGUUUUUUAAAAAUCUUCUAGUGUGAGUGGUUUCACUGUUCUGAUCCCAUCACAAUUCACUUUCCUCCUCAAAAAUGCAAAAUUCAACUAUGUUAUUUUAUUCAAAAUAAAAAUUGGAAAUCCUUUG